CAUCACUUGACAUUUACAUUCAAAACAAAUCAAUGUGGUAUUUUUAGGUUAAAAUUACUAAACUUUACAAUUGUUAUUAUAUGUAUAUUUGUUAAAAUUAUGAUUUACAUGUAAUAAAAUUGAAAGGAAUGGAUUUCGCCCGCAAACAGCUAGAGAAAUAUGGCUGGACUGAUGGUAAAGGUUUAGGAAAACACGAGAAUGGUAUAUCGGAAGCGCUAAAACCGAAAUUGAAGCGUAGUGUGACAGGAAUUGGGCAUGACGCCGCCGCUGAGUUUACAGAACAUUGGUGGACUAAACUAUACAACACAGCUGCGAGUAACGUCGAGGUUACAGAGAAAAAUGGCAAAACUAAAGAAAUAAAAACAAAAGAUGAUGAAUUUGAAAUAACAAACAGUUCUUGGUCUUACAAGAAAAAGAAUAAAAAUAAAUCAAAGGAGGAAUAUACAAACUUUUUUGUUAAAACCUCUAUACUAUCCAAUGGUGGUUCUAAAAUUGAAGAUUUGAAUGACCAAGCAAUUGUAGAGGAAGUUGUACCUGGUGUGAAAUUGAGUGAUGAGGAAUUAUUUGCAGCGUGUGAAGGAAGAACUGCUCAUAAAGGUGCACGGCAUGGCCUUAAAGCAUUAGGAAAAUUGGCGCGGAUUGAAAUGCAAGAACAGGCAUUGUUGCAACAGGCUAAGUACAAAGGUUACUCUCAGGCCAAAAAAGACAAAAUCAAUAAAGAUGAUGAUGUUUCAAGUGAACAUAAAAAAAAAGUAAAGAAGUCUAAAAAUAAUACUGAAGGACAAGAAUCAAAUGACCUUUGCCAUGAAAAUGAACCUGUAAAAAAAGUUAAGAGGAAAGUAAAUGACAGUGAUGAUGAAAGUAAAAAUAAAAAUUAUAAUCAAGAUGAAGGAGUAAUUGAUAAUCAAUGUGAAGAAACAGUUUCCAAAAAAAGAAAGAAAAAGAAAAAAGAUAAGAAUGCUGUUGAUGAAGUAGAACAAAUUAACCAAACAGAAGACACAACUGAUGUGCCUAAAAAGAGUAAAAAGAAAAAGAAUAAAAAAGGAAAUUGAAGUUAAACUAUUU